CUCUUCCCCUACCCCCAGCCUCUGGAGGUAACAGCACAGGAUUCGAACUUGCCACCCCGACUCACCGCAGUGAACAGGAGAUUCCAGAUCUCUAUCCCGGGGACCAGGCAGCGGCGCUACCAUGCGGGGCUGCGAGAUCUCCCUGGUCCUUUUGGCCCUGGUCCUCUGCGAAGCGCCCUGGGGGACCGCGGCUCCCUUGCCAUCAGUUGGCUUGGAGAACCUGAUGGCCAAGAUAUACCCGAGGGGGAACCACUGGGCUGUAGGACACUUAAUGGGAAAAAAGAGCACUGGAGAUUUCCCAUAUGCUUAUGAAGGAGGAGACAAGAUACCACUUUCACCUGUAGUACCUGACAGUUCCAAGACACUGAAUGAAUACCUGCGGUGGGAAGAAGUAGAGAAGAAUUUACUGCCCCUGUUAGAAGGGAAGGGUAGCAGAAGCAGUCAGCUACUUCGGCACCAUCUCCUGGGCUACCAUCAGCCGACUGGGGACUUAGACAGUGAUGACAGCACUAAAGAUAUGCUGGAAUCCUUACUUCAGGUUCUUGACAUGAAGGAAAGCAUCCUGAGCUGAACUGGAGAUGGCCCCUUUCAAAGAAUCAAUAUCCUUAAACGACUCUGGUCUACGAGCGCCGAUUGUAUCACAUGAUAAUGUUGUUUGUUUUGUGUAAAAAAGAUUUCUUUUGAGGAAAUCACGUCAUUAUUCUUGUACCAUUCCAUCUUGACUAAAUCCAUGUUUCUUGAGCAAUAUUUUGUUUGAACUGCUUUGCUGUCUAUAAUUGUUGAGGAAGGAUCUUCCGAUCUUUAUAGUUUCCCAAUCUGUUUAGUCUAUUAUUCCCAAUCUGUUUAGUCCUUUAGUUUUGAAACUCCUGAUAUGUCAACAUCCACAAUAAAAA